AUGAGCACCACUGCAACCGUCGACCAGGGCGGCGAAUAUAGCACCAGCGGCCCCGGCAGCAACAACAACAGCAACAACCCACUGCGAGUCUUCGUCUCCGCCAAGAAGGACAUCAAUGACCUCUUCAUCAAGGUGGAGACCUUCGUGAAGAACGUCCACGAGUUCUACCGCUCCUACGGGGACGAUGCGGGGUCGAUCGUCUCCGGCGGGAAGCUGCAGCAGCUGGAGAGCGCCGUGGAGAAGGUGGCCGGCAUUCGAGAUGUCCUCUCGCGCAACCACAUGAAGGUCGCCUUCUUCGGGCGGACCAGCAACGGCAAGAGCACGGUGAUCAACGCCAUUCUCCAGAAUAAGAUUCUGCCCGCCGGCAUUGGCCACACCACCAACUGCUUCCUCCAGGUGGAGGGCACCGACGAGGAGGAGCCCUUCAUCGAGGUGGGCGGGCACCGGCAGGCGAUCGACUCGGUGAAGAACCUCGCCAAUGCGCUGAACAAUGAGAGCAUGAGCAGCGACACGCUGGUGAAGAUCUUCUGGCCGAAGAGCAAGUGCAGCAUCCUCCACGACGACGUCGUCCUGGUGGACUCGCCCGGCACCGACGUCUCCGCCAACCUGGACAGCUGCAUCGACCUCUACUGCCUCGAUGCGGACGUCUUCGUGCUGGUGAGCAACUCCGAGUCGACGCUGAUGCAGACGGAGAAGAACUUCUUCCUGAAGGUGAAGGAGAAGCUGUCGAAGCCGAACAUCUUCAUCCUCAACAACCGCUGGGACGCCAGCGCCCUGGAGACGGACAGCAUGGAGCUGGUGCGGAAGCAGCACAUGACCCGCGACACCGACUUUCUCGUCGACGAGCUGGCGGUGGUGGAGAAGGAGGCGGCGGAGGACCGGGUCUUCUUCGUCUCCGCCCGGGAGACGCUCUUCCGCCGGACGGCGCCGCUGGAGAACGGCGCCUCGCUGCCGAACCUCGCCAGCCUGGCGCAGGGCCACGAGACCCGUUACAGCGAGUUUGAGGACUUUGAGCACGCCUUUGAGCAGUGCCUCUCCCAGUCGGCGGUGAAGACGAAGUUCAGCGCCCACACCGCCGAGGUGAGUCGCCUGACGACGGGCCUGGCCGCCCUGCUCGAAGAGGUGGCCGCCGGGACGGCCCGCCUGCGGGCGGAGAAGCUGGCCACCAUCAGGGCGCACCGCGAGACGGUGGCUCACAUUCAGAAGGCCUUUCAGCUGCUGCACCAGGAGGUGAAGCAGGAGAUCGUCAACCUGAUGAAGGCGGUGGAGCACAAGGUCUGCACCGCCCUCAACGAGGAGAUUCGCCGCCUGGCCGUCCUGGUGGCCGACUUUGAGCAGCCUUUCGCGGGCGAUGCGCAGCCGCUCGCCCUGGCCGCCUACAAGAAGGAGCUGCACGGGCACGUGGAGGCGCGCUUCAUUGCCAACCUGGAGCAGCGCUUCGCCAGCGCCGUCUCCUGCAAUGUGGGCGCGACGCAGGCGAAGAUGCUGGAGGGGGCGCGGCGGCUGCUGCCGCCGGGCACGCUGGAGCGCUACUCCCUCCUCGGCUACAGCAUCGCCCCCCGGGAGGACUUUAAGGUGCACAUUCACCUCAACUGCGAGUCGCUGUGCUCCGAUUUCGUGGAGGACCUGCAGUUUCGCUUCAGCUACGGGCUGGUGCAGCUGCUGCAGUACCUCACCGGAGGAAAGGUGGGGGAGAAUGGUGGAAAUCGCAGUCUGAUGGACAAGAGCUUCACCGAGGGAAAGGGAGUCCAGCUGCCCAGCAACUCGUCCAUUAAUGACUCGGGCAAUGGAAGUGGCAGCAGUGGCGGUGGAAACAGAAGUGGUAAUGGCAAGGCGAUGGUCGUCCAGUUCGCCGCCUCCAACCUCGACCUGAUUGACAAGCUCUCCAGCUCGCGAACUACUAUUACCCUCCUCGCCGUGGGCGGCUGUCUGGUCCGUGUCAUUGGCUGGCACGUCAUCGCCAUCACCAGCACCAUCUACGGCCUGCUCUACGUCUACGAGCGCCUCAGCUGGACGACGCGGGCGAAGGAGACGGCCUUCAAGCGACAGUACGUCGCCCAUGCCACCAAGAAGCUGCGUCUCAUUGUCGACUACACCUCGGACAACUGCUCCGAUCAGGUGAAGAAUGAGCUCACCUCCAGCUUCGUCCGCCUGAACCGCCUGGUGGACAAUGUGAUUGAGGGGCUGCGCAAGGAGGUGGUCGUCCUGGAGAAGGAGGUCGCCUUCCUCGACGAGCAGGAGAAGACGGUGGCGCUGUUGAGGGGCCAGGUGAAGGCCCUCACCGGAGAGCUGCAGGCCUUUACCGGCAAGUACCUCCUCUAA